GCAGCCGCCCGCGAUGCACAGCGCCUGGCACCGCUGGCAGAGAGCUCACCAUGGUCAAUGAGACCCAGCAUACCUGCAGUGCCAGUUCCAGCUCCAAGUCCGAUGGUGGCAGCAGUAGCGGGAGCGAGAGCUCCAAGGACAGUUCACGCUGCUCCACCCCUGUCCUCGAUGCUGACCGUCAUGAGCGACUGCGGGAGAAGAUGCGCCGACGGCAGGACUCUGGAGACAAGUGGUUCUCCUUGGAGUUCUUCCCUCCACGCACAGCCAAUGCUGCUGUCAAUCUCAUCUCCAGGUUUGACCGUAUGGGAGCAGGUGGUCCACUCUUCAUUGAUGUGACGUGGCAUCCUGCAGGGGACCCAGGAUCUGACAAGGAAACCUCUUCCAUGAUAAUUGCCAACACUGCAGUCAACUACUGUGGCCUGGAGACCAUCCUGCACAUGACGUGCUGCAAUCAGACCAAGGAUGAUAUCACAGGGCAUCUGCAGAAGGCCAAGAGGCUCGGGUUAAAGAACAUCAUGGCAUUGCGUGGAGAUCCUGUCGGUGAGGAAUGGGAGGAAGAAGUAGAUGGCUUCAACUAUGCAGUUGACUUGGUUAAGCACAUUCGCAAUGAAUUUGAUGAUUACUUUGACAUCUGUGUGGCAGGCUACCCCAAAGGUCAUCCUGAAGCAGAGAGCUAUGAGGCAGACCUGAGGCACCUGAAGGAGAAAGUCUUUGCUGGGGCAGACUUCAUCAUUACGCAGCUUUUCUUUUCAGAAACCUUUCUCAAAUUCAUGAAGGACUGUCAAGCCAUUGGCAUCACCUGCCCCAUUAUUCCUGGCAUCUUCCCCAUACAGGGUUACCACUCCCUGCGCCAGCUGGUGAAGCUCUCCAAGCUGGAAGUGCCUCAAGAAAUCAAAGAUGUGAUUGAACCCAUCAAGGACAACGAUGCAGCUAUCCGGAACUAUGGGGUGGAGCUGGCAGUGUCCAUGUGCCGGGAGCUGUUGGAUAGUGGCAUGGUGCAUGGGCUCCAUUUUUACACCCUCAAUCGUGAAGUAGCUACUACCGAAGUCCUUAAGCGCCUGGGCAUAUGGAAGGAGGAUCCCAGGCGGCCUCUGCCCUGGGCAGUCAGCGCUCAUCCCAAGAGAAGAGUUGAAGAUGUUCGGCCAAUCUUCUGGGCCUCUAGGCCAAAGAGUUACAUCUACCGGACUCAAGAAUGGGACGAUUUCCCCAAUGGCCGAUGGGGUAACUCCUCCUCUCCAGCCUUUGGGGAACUGAAGGACUAUUAUCUCUUCUACCUGAAGAGCAAGUCUCCCCGGGAGGAGCUUCUGAAGAUGUGGGGAGAAGAGCUGACUGGUGAGGAAAGCGUCUUUGAAGUGUUCACAUGUUACAUCACUGGAGAACCCAACAAGAAUGGGUACAAGGUUACGUGUAUGCCUUGGAAUGAUGACCCUCUUGCUACUGAAACCAACCUUCUGAAGGAUCAGCUGGAGAAGGUUAACAGACGAGGAAUCCUGACCAUCAACUCCCAGCCAAAUAUCAACGGCAAACCAUCCACAGACCCCAUUGUAGGCUGGGGGCCAAGUGGCGGUUAUGUUUUCCAGAAGGCAUACCUAGAGUUCUUCACCUCCAGUGAGAUCGUCACAGUGCUGCUCAAAGUGCUGAAGAAGUACGAGUUGCGAGUGAAUUACCACAUUGUCAAUGUCAAGGGCCAGAAUAUCACCAAUGCUCCAGAUCUGCAGCCCAAUGCUGUCACCUGGGGCAUCUUCCCAGGCAGAGAGAUCAUCCAGCCCACUGUAGUGGAUCCUGUAAGCUUCCUCUCCUGGAAGGAUGAGGCCUUUGCACUGUGGAUCGAGCAAUGGGCCAAGCUCUAUGAAGAGGAAUCGCCCUCUCGCAUGAUCAUCCAGUAUAUCCAUGACAACUACUAUUUAGUCAACCUGGUGGACAAUGACUUCCCACUUGAAAACUGCCUCUGGCAGGUUGUGGAUGAUACUUUUGAGCUGUUGAACUCUCCGACUCAGCAGUGAAAAUUCCUCUUCUGAUCCCUUCCUCUUUCUGUCCACUGACUGUGGAGAGAGAAAAAGC